GCAAGGUCCGAAGAGCCUCGCGGUGCCCGAGGGCGUCGUGCCCGGGGACGGGGCCGCUGGAUGUCACCCUUGUGCCGUGCGCGCCCAGGGCUGUCCCCUCCGCGGGCACCGGGCUGGCUGCGCACACGCGUGUGCCCGCGGCCACGCUCGCACAGCUCUGUGCGCGCCCGCACAGACACGCGGGGCUCCAGCAGGCUCCGUCCCCGCGGGAUUUCCCAACUCCUGGCUGGACGCAGCGCCCCUGCAGCCCCCCCCGCGCCCUGCCCUGACCUUUGCACGAAUCCCCCAGGGCGGCCGUCGGGAGGGUAUAAAGAGGGAGCCCGGGGCUGCCCCCGCGUCACAGAGCCCGGCACAGCCAUGAAGGCGUCGCUGCUGUUCCUGCUCGCCUGCGCGGCCGUCCUGGCGGUGGGAGCAAGGGCCGACUCACCCGAGGAGCCGAAGGCGCUGGUGCAGAAGGUGCAGGAGCUGGCCCAGAAAGCCACGGCCAUGGCCAAGGACGCCUUCAGCAGGGUGCGGGAGUCGGAGGCGGCUCAGCAGGCCAGGCAGUGGCUGUCGGACAACGCGGAGCUGGCGAAGCAGCGGCUGCUGUGGCUCAAGGAGCAGCUGGCGGAGCUCUUGAAGAAGACUCCGGCCGCGUAGCCUCGCCAGGGGCUGCCCGGGGUCUGUCGGGGCUGGGGACCCCCGGCUCCCACCCGCUGUCGUGGUGCUCUCAAUAAAGCGGGGCUGACGCAAA